UGGACUCGUAGGAAUAACGCAACUCACGCAGUACCCACAGUCCCACACUACCACUCAGCCCAGUGUGCGAAACAAAUGCCCCCAGUUUCACCAUCAAUCGCAUCAACAGUUCUCUGUUCUCUCUCUCAUCGAUCCCAAAACCCUACAUUCAUAUUCAGAUAUACAACGCCAGCAUCUCGGAUCAGCACUUCUGUUGCUUUUCGGACUGUUGUCAAAAGAUCAUUCUCCUUCCUGCAACGAAGCGCUGCAGUUAGAGCUUCAUCGAAUAUGUCUUCCAAUGGAGGUGGCGCUGAUAAAAGCAUGGCUCACUUCAAUCUGUCUCCCACGAGCGCCCUGAAGAUUCAGAAAGGAGAUAUCACUCGUUGGUUCAUCGAUGGCUCCUCCGACGCGAUUGUUAAUCCAGCAAAUGAGCGAAUGCUUGGUGGUGGUGGUGCUGAUGGAGCUAUACAUCGAGCUGCUGGCCCAGAGCUUCGAACAGCAUGUUAUGAAGUUCCUGAAGUUCGCCCUGGGAUACGUUGCCCAACUGGAGAAGCAAGAAUCACCUUAGGGUUUAAAUUGCCUGCAUCUCAUGUAAUCCACACUGUUGGUCCUGUUUAUGAUGAAGAUGGCAAUGCUGCAGCCUCACUGAGUAAUGCAUACAGGAACAGUCUGCGUGUUGCAAGAGAGAACAAUAUUCAAUAUAUUGCAUUUCCUGCCAUAUCAUGUGGUGUCUAUGGAUAUCCUUUUGAUGAAGCUGCAACUGUGGCCAUAUCUACAAUUAGAGACCACUGCAAUGACAUUAAAGAGGUUCACUUUGUGCUAUUUUCGGAUGAUAUCUAUAAUGUUUGGGUGAAGAAAGCUGAAGAAGUACUGAAAAACUAGCACAUUGAGAAAUGUGUUUUUUUUUAUCUCCUGGAGAUUGUAUUUUAGAUCCAUAUUUUCUGUUUAUUGUUUUCAUUUUCUGGUUUGUUACUUGAUGUAGAGUUGGUGACGGUUAUUAAUUAGUUUGAACUUAUUAUUAUCAAAUAAUAUUUCCUUUUUUCCGCA